AUGCAGACCAUCCUUUCCAGAGCCGGAACGGCUCCUCGCAGCGGGUGCAAAGCCUGCAGCAAUGCCAUCGACACCCUGGGCAGGCGAGCGACCUCUGCUCGCCGCAAGCCGACCUUCACCGAGCUGUUCACCGCAUGCUAUAGCUCCGUAUUUGCUACGGCGGCUCUGGUAGAUGCUGUCAGGAAGGAUGACCGCAGGAAGGAGCUGGACCGUCAGAUUGAAGAGGUCCGGAAAGAAAUAGCUGACCUUCAAGACUCCCGAAAACCGACUAGCUCCAGCGAUUCGGAGACCCCAGAGCUUAGCCUUCGACAAAUGGACAUACUCUGGCGAAGUUUGAAGGAUAUAUACAGCAAUCGCCCGUACAUGAAAGAGAUUCACCAACCAGCAACUAUUGGGCCGUCUGAUCUCGUUGAAGCUCUAAAGCAUGAGCAUUAUGGUUGCCGCAAUUCCCCUAGGAAGAUCGAUUACGAUAGGCUCGAGCGUGCAAUUAUGCGCGAAGAAUGCGAAAAAGGAAAAUACUACCGGGAACCCCGGAAUCAAGCUCAGCUACUCCGCGAAUCCCUGGGUACAGAACAUCUAGUUCAAAAACUUCUGGAUCGUACCGAUUUUCUCCCUGAAGACCAAUCCGGCCCCUCGCUGCAAAAAGCCAGGAGCCUACUAGAAAAAGGAACCCUAGGCUUAGGUUUUACAUUCCGAUCUAUAGACUCAGCUCGGGCACAGGACAAUACCAUCCAAUUAAACAAACGGCUGAGAUCCUUGGUGGCCUCCUCGAAUCUCAAUAUGAAAGAGAAAGUUGGCAGAAUUUGCUAUAACCUGCUAGUUUCACCACACCCACCAGAUAUUCACACUUACAACACACUGAUUGUUGCGUUCAACAAGUCUGGUCAUCACGCAUUUGCUGAGGCGCUAGUAGCCUCAUUUUUCCAAUACCGACUCCUACAACCCACACCAUCUACCUUUGUCGCCAUCUUAAAUCAUUACAAAUGCACCAAUAACCACGGAAAGUUCCUGAGGGCGCUUUCAUGUAUCACUGGGCUCGACAACCGGACAGGUGCAAAAGUUCGCAGAAGACACGUAUCAGAUAUCAAAAUGAGCCCGGCUCUCUUACCUUGGGCUUCAGACUCCAGACGCCGAACUCUCACCGGAGAUUGGAUCUGGGAACAUCUCCCGCUCUCUCAGCCUCUGGUGGAAGAGAUCAUUGGUGGUCUGCUUCACUUCAAGCUAUUCGACCAAGCCGCCGCAUUCUUUCUAUCAUGUAUACAAUCCGGAGUGAACAUUAGCUUGGAUACAGUCAAAUGUUUCUUGGAUGAAUGCAUCAAUGCUCUGGACUGGAGAGCUGUAACCCGACUAACUGGCAACUUGGCACGUUCCGAAACAAUACUUCAGAGGCUACUUAGAGCAGGCAAUGGCGAGGGCACAUCGUAUAUUGCUAGCCGAAUACGAGUCUUGUUAGAUAUAUGUGGUCUUGGAGCCACAGAUCGGCCGCCUUCAAAGUCGCUUUUAGUCAGCUUAAAGGUUUCCGGGCCUUCUUUUGCAAAAUUCCUCAACACCUUGGCCCAGGAGGCACGUUCAUCGCAAGAGCCAUCGGCAUACAGUCGAGAUAUCAGCAGGUCCAAAAGCAGAGUGUUGCAACUGGAGAGUCUUUGGAAAGAAUACGAGUUUGUGAGAAAGACAACUAUUUCUAUCGAAAGCAAGCUUCUCUACUCCGAUUUCUCAACUGGGUUUCGAGCUUCAAUGGCGCUCCAAAUUACUCAGGCAGCCUUGGAAAGAAGCGCUCAGCUGAACCGGGAAUUUGGCGAGCUGUCUCCAGCACGGGGUGAAGACGCGGCACAUUUGAAAGAACCGGAAAUCUUUGACUAUGAGAAGGCGGUUGAGCCUCGAAUUACAGAGCCUCGACCUAAGCAAAUGCUACUGGCUUGGUCGACCUGUCUCCCUGGCGAAAGAGGGGUGUUUCAGAGAACAGCUAUACAUGAUGUGAAGAUGAUGAGGACGGGAUGA